UUCUACUGAAUCUACAAAUUUAUGUGUUUUGUACUUUAACUGCUAACUGAGCAGUUAGCAAUAGGGCUAGUACUGCUAUACUGGCAUAUGGCAUUGGAUUGAUUGUUUUUCAGGUUUACUGGCGUUUUGCGCUGUUUAUCUCCGAAAUCAAGCUAACAAAUCUCUCCAGAUCGAAACUUUAAACCAAAUCAGUAGAAUUGCAGCUCGAUUGUAAUAAGUGCCUCCCUAUAAUGACCCAGACGCCCAAAUACGGCAUGAUGGAACCGAUACUCAGUGUUACAACGAUUGCUGAGGUUGCGGUGUUAACAUCAUCAUCAUGGGUGCACGGGAAAAAUCUCAGCAUACUUUCCACCAAGAACAAGCUUCUUCUAACGAUCCUCAGUCAAGGCGAUACGUGGACGUGCCCAUCGCUAACUGUGAUUGACCUCACCGACUCAAAGCAGCCUUGUGUCAAAGAAACGACUAUCUUCGAAAAACAUAUUUUAAAUAUACCCAAUAUUAUACGAUUUACUCUCAGUCCUGAUGGGAGCUCCGGCCUUGCGCAAGACGGGGCAAAUGUGGCAUGGUUAGUUGGAAAGGAUGGUGUCAAUGGAACGAGAGUCAAACUGAACCAGGGUCAACCUGUUUGCUUCUCUCAAUGGGUAGCUCCAAAAGGGAUUGCACUGAUAUCCGACCGGGAAACCAUCCGCGUGAACACGGAUAACAAAGUUCUCUUGCAAAGAGAAAGGAUAAACGAUGUGUCGAAAGGUCAAACGAUUACUGACUACCAGAGAUCCCCACUGUUCUCCUGGUGCUUUGCUGCACUGGCUCAGUUAAAUAAUAUUCACCACCCAAAAGGAUUUCUGGAUAUUCACACCGUCAACUAUGGACAGUCGGCCCCGAUCUUUAUUGACGGUUUUGCUGGUGCAUUUCUGCCUUCCGAUGGUCGGGACUGGGAACAAGAAAUCCUGGUUGCCGAUGUUGACUGGCACGAAGACUGCCUGAUUUUUAAAAACAUAACACUAACCCAUGAAGGCUUCCUGCCAAGGGGAGAAGAUGUGUUUCCUAUUAAUAUUUCGAACAUACGAAGUACAAAGCUGACAAAUGUAAACUGCACAUUUACAACGGAAAACGACAUUCCCAUUGCGGUUAGGGUGGACCACGAUGCUGACAAUAUUUCACUUGCCGUUGUUGUGACCAAAAAGGGGUAUCUCCAUUUAUUCGACUACCGCCUCAUGUGUCAUUUGGAGACAAAGAGAAUUCUCACCGGUUUUACUACCGUCUGCGCUGUGGGACCCCUACGAAAGGAGACGCGACUGACCGUUGUCGAUAGCGAAGGAAAAGUGCAAGAAAUUGAAAUCUCCUUGGACAAUAUCGUGCCGGUGUUUGUAGCCAGAAAUCUACCGAACGAAGCAGUAGUAUACGCAGAGCUAAUCGGUCGUCCGUUGAGGAAUAACGCUUUCAUGUCGGCAUUCUUGGGCCUUGUGCGGCACGAGGCCCCAGAUUUUUGUUUAAUUCUUUCUUUCUGCUUACUGAACACCGACCAUCUAACCAAACUUCAGGGUCAGGAAGUGCUCACUGAAUGCUUUAGAGGUGCACUGAGACUUCCACAGUUCGAAACGCGUUUAAUGCAACUGGCUUUCCUGUUAUACGAGCGAGUAGGUUUGGAAUGGGUGAUUGCUCUAUAUGGGACUGGCUCGAACGAUAAGGGACUGCUUAUGCUACUAAAAGAAGUUCCACUUCCUGUAAUGUCCCUAAGCAUCCUUUGCAAGUAUAUCACACUCGCGGUGCAAAACGGAGAUAUGGGCAGUUUGAUGUGGCAUGAAGAAGUUGAUUAUGGUGAUCGCAUUCCACAUGCGGAAAGUGUUGUUGACUUUCUGGUCUCCGGAAACUUACCAGCUCAGCUGAUUGAUCCUCUUCUUGAAAAGCUCUGUAUCAGAGUAAAAUGUCUUGACCGAUUGGUUUCCUUUCGCAUGGCCAAAGGCUUCCCUGUACAACUACGCUUCCUGCUUGAACAACUGGAGCUUACAGACAAGAGAGCACAAUUGCUCCGGAUAAUGACAAAAGUAGCGUUGCCUUUGCUGGACCGAUUCACCGGUGAUAUUAUGUUGCAGUUGGAACGACAGCUUGAUCUUGACCUGAAUUUGGAGCUUCUAAGAAGCAUCUACAGAAACGUAGUGGUCGAGAUGAUUCGACAAGACAAACGAACGGCGGCUGUUCGUUUCAUGGGAUAUUUAGCCAAAAAAGGCAUUCCUGACGCUUACAUUUAUACGUGUUUGAUUACAUACUACGCAUCCAAAAAUCGUUUAUCUGAAUUGAAAAGUUUGCUCAGAGAUAACCAGUUCUACUCAGCGGCGGUAGUCGGUAAAUGGUGUGAAGUGUCCAGCGAUCCUAGAAUUACACCACUGGCGCUAUUUAUAUAUGAGGAACGGGAGCUGGACGACGAUUUCCUCCGUGUCACGAACAAAUUUGGCUAUUUCCGGCAGCAGGCAGGUUAUCUGCUAAAGCGUCACAGCGAAGUUCUUUGGCAAAGAGUGCUGGAUGCAAACAGCAAUCCUAAGCGCGCUAGCCUUGUGUAUGCUAUGUUAUUUUUGGACGAAAAUACAACAGCUUUCAAUAAUUUUGACCACAUUGUGGUGCUGCUGACCGUUAUUAGAAAAACCGAUCUGAUUUCACACACACAGCUGCUCAUUCGGAAACUGUUAAGGAAAGGCUACAACAACGAGCAGGUCAGAUUUCUACAGCGCUUUUCUGUCCAGUGUCUUGUGAAUAGCCAACUACCGGAAGGCGAAAUCGAUAAGGAAUACGGCGAACAGCUUAGCACGUACGAUCCCUUGAUAGUCGGAGCAGCGCUUGCAGAAGGGAGACUGCUUGAACUGGCCAAGAAAAUGUUUGUACAAGGAAAGUGCUGGAGAGACGCAGUGCAUGUGCAGAUACAGCUAUCGCAAAACAGCAAAGACUUCUUGACCGUUAAAGAAUUAGCAUGCACGAGCGGAGACCCGGGCUUAUUGACCGAAGUUGGCAAGAUCUGCUUAGACAACGGCGAUUUGAAUUACGCCAUACAGUGCUUCCUGGAUGCAAAAUGUUUUCUCUAUCAUAACGAAAUAUGUUUGCUGGCGCAGAAAGACGAUAUCAACUGUGAAUGGAAUUUACUGAUCCGUUUUCUGGAAAGCGCGCAACCUCCGGUAAAAAGUUCCUGCAUUACUGUAACGCUGGCACUGGCAUAUGGAAGGGCACAUCGUCUGGCAGAUUUGAACAAACUCGUAGCUGGAGGAACCGGAUCGAUAGGUUCUCCUGAUGCAAACCUUUGCCGAAUAUGCGACGAUAGUCCCAAACGAAUAGUAUUUGUGCCAUGCGGUCACCUAGCCACCUGCGAAGAAUGCUCCAAGAAGGUCGAUUUGUGUCCAAUUUGUCGCAGCCCGGUGCAGCAAAAGAUCAAAACAUACGACGCGUAACUCACAAUUGCCUGUCUGUAAAAUUCGAGCACCAUGCACCAGAGUGUAAUGUGUUCUAGCCUUUAUCUGCAUAUUUCUUUAGCUACGAAGUAUUUAUCGAGGUUGUGCUGCUUCCAUUCGGUACUUUCGCCAUUGGGAAUGUUCAUUUGUUCAACCGAAACUACUUAGUAAAUGCUGAUAUCUUGUUACCUCACCGCUGAAUU